UCCAAACGGAAAAUAUGUUGUAAGAUUACAUUACAUGGGGUGCUGGCGUCGCAUCCUAGUAGACGAUAUCAUUCCUGUGGAUAAAAACGGCAAGCUCCUUUUACCAAGCACAUCCAACAACUUCGAAUUAUGGCCGAUGCUUCUCGCUAAAGCAUUGCUCAAACUGGCCUCAUUGACUUGGAUCAGACACCGCGAGAUCGUCGACUUCCAUCCAAUCACUUGUUUUACAGGCUGGACCUGCUUGACAAUGAACAUCGCACAUCUGACGUUACAAGACAAAUGGGAUUUCCUAAUGAAAUAUUCCGAACAUUUUGAGUGGACUUCGCAAACUGCACAAGAUUAUAUUUCAAAAAACUCUGUGAAUAUGAUCAACGAGACAAAGAAACUCGGAGAAACUCCGCAGUCGCUUACUAUCGAAGUCAAGAAAUCUCAACCAAUCGCACUUUUCCUUCUCUUGGACGAUAUACAAGCACUCGGAAGCGAUGCAGUGCCUGGUCUGUCGCCUUGCUGGGAUCACAUAAUUCAUAUCAUCCAGUCGCGUGAUAUUCCUCUAGAUCCUAAAGAUGUAAAACCGCCAUUAGCAAAGUGGAAAUUUCAUCGCUGGUUAAAAUGGGCUGUUUCGCGAAAUAUGAUCGAUCCUGCCGACUACUUCGUCCCGAUUCGUUACUUGAAAGUGAUCAGUCCUCUCAAGGAGUGCAACAGGAGCGUUGUUCGUGAUAAAAGUGACGUUGCAGGAAACUUGAUCUCUUCAAACGAGAUCGAGCGGUCUGAUAAAUUUACUCGGAGAAUAAUGAGAUCUCAGAGAAUAUCAGAUUUGCCCACCGCAUCGAAAGAAAAAGCAACGGAAGACGUCAAUCGAUGGAUCGACUUCAACAAGAUGACCUCAUAUGUGACGGAGGUAUAUUUGUUUUACAAGCUGGAAUACUUCCAGCAAUCAAUUCAAGUAACAGACGACUUAAGGGUAGCCAAUGAGAAUCAUAAAUCAGAAGCAGCAAAGGCUGCUUCAAUAAAAGAAACUGGAAAGGAGACAACAGACACUUACAACAAUAUUGGCAAGAUUCAAAAAUCCAGAUACAAACCUCUUUAUUUAUUCUGCGAUUCCCCAAAGAAAAAAUUUUUCUUGAUCAAUCUUUACGCCGCACCGAAGAAGAGAAACGAUUUGCAAAAGAAGGAUUACUUAAUCUUAGAAAAGUACAACUGGUUUAUUACAUCGAAUUUAUCGGAUCAAUCGAUAAUCAUUUCUACAACUGGCAACAAGUCAACUAUUGUGGAAUUGGAAGUUGGCAGGCAACUUUUGCAGAUUUACAGUCGUUUGGACUCAGGUCUGAUGAUUAUUUCUUCAGAUAUGAAUUUUUAUCUCGGAGAUCGGGCGACUGUGCAACAACUGAUGACCACAGAGUCUUGUAGAAUCGAAGAGAUAUCGAAAAUAAUUAGCGAUAACCUCUGUAAAGCUUAUCGAUCGUUUGGAACAAGUAAUUAUCCAGCAAUGUUAAAAAACUUUUACCAAAGCUACAUGCCUAACUUGCAGUUUGCUUCUUCAAGAGAAAAUAAAAAUUUUCGGAAGCUAAUACACCAUUUCUUUAUGGAAGAACAAGUUCAAUUAAUCAGGAAGAUUGUUUCCGACGAAGAACUAGGAGACAUUCUUCACUCUUUAAGAAUAUUUUUUUUAAAUCCUCAUAUACAUAUUAGAUCAGAAUCUUUUGAUUUAAUAACAAAUGAAAAAACUCUUCAAGAUCUUACAAUAAGAAAAACUUCGAAAAUAUGGUUUUCCACAUCAAGCAAUUGUGAAGAAGUUUUAAAUCAAGCUGCAACUACAAUUCAAUCCUUUCUCAAGAUGGCUCUCGUCAAGGGAUAUAAAGAACUUCAUAAUCCUAAUCAUGCUCUCCAUACACAGAUUCGUGAACGACUCUUGAAGAUAUCGUAUCUAUUUGAUGUAUCUCUCGCAAGUCGGUUACUAAGAAAUGUCAUUAGUCAUCAUGAUAACCUGCGUGAUCUGUAUCCCUGUUCCGAAGACUUCAUACAUGUUCUGAAUAUUCAGGAGUGCAAAGGUGUCCUGAGAAACAUCAGGCACGAACAGUACUUUCCAAUUACCAGACUCGUCGUGAAUCCUAAGCCCACAAAGAUGGUACUCGUCGCCUUCGAAUUGCUAAUCGAUCUCCCUCGUUUUGCGCUACGUGUCUUUAACAACCAAAAUGGACACGAGAUGACGCGUCUCGUGAACCACGUGGUCCCAACUCAUUACGAAUAUGUUCCGGAUGGUUACACGGUGUUCGCUUACAGCUGGAGCGAUAAGCAGCAUUUUAAAGAGCUCGACUGGACAAUUCGUAUGAUUACCAUAAAAGGUGACCCAAUGCUCUGUCAACUGGAUGAGCAGCAACCUUUGUCCUUCGAGAGCGAAUCACCAAGACUGAUAAUCAACGAAUUAAUUGGUACUUAUAUCCCAAACGCGAGAAAUUGUAUCUCUCGUUGGGUUCUAUGGCUACCAAUGACUUCAGAAGAAAGCAUCAUUUCAAUAAGAUUAACAACCUCUUAUAGCCUAACAGAAAUCAAAAUAAAAGUUGUCGAUGAAGAUGACAACAUUUUGAUUGACGUGGACGGUGGUUCAACGGUAUUAUUACCCUUAGUGAUUUUAAAACAUAUCGCUAGAAAUGAAAAAGAUUAUGGAAUUGAGAACAAUAGUCAAGAUAUUAGCAAAGAGACGAAAAAUGAGGAGAAAAAAAGAUUAUAUUAUAUAGAGGCUUUUGUACUCAAUAACAGUUGGCCCCUGACGGAUAUCGAGUGGAUAGUCGCGAACCAGGCAAAGGUGAAAAGAGUGGUAGAUAUUAAAACAAAGAUACAGUCCGAGAAUAAAGCAUCAUCGAGGUCAGGUUUGUUGACGGUGGGGAAGGAUACAAAGCAAAUCGCAAAUGAUGGCCAAGCUUUGGAACCACCAUAUUGGAUUCUUCAGGUUGUUACAGAUGCUCAGGACGCUGUUGAGAUCUGUGAAGACAAAAAUAAAGAGCAAGAAAUAAUACUGUUGAAAGAAUCAUGGUGGUCGAAGGAUCCAACUCGACCUGAACGUGGAAAGAUCUUGCGAGAAACUUUUUUAAAUAAACAUUUCUUCAAAAUUGAAUCUGAUAUAUCUUUGACGUAUCAAAACAGAAUAGAAUUGAAAUUAAUAGAAGACGAAGAUAUGGAAUAUUGUCUGUCGCAUACAAGACAAUAUCGAACCUUGAAGUCACCGGAAUCUUAUCACUAUCUACCUGCUUUGGAUCUGACAAGAUAUAUGAAAAGAAAUGAGAUCGCGAAGUAUCAGCGAAUAAACACAAAGAGUGACGAUGAAAUAUUAAAAAAUCAACAUACUGCCAUCAUCAUCGACGAUCAGAUAAAUUAUUCUGAUUAUUUGAAAAAUUUGGAUGACCUAAUGAAUAUGCAAUUACGGAAACACUUAAAGCACUUCGGAAAAAAGAAACAAAAAUUCUGGCAGAGAAGGUCCUUCGUGGACGCUGUUUACGAAACAAGAAAGAUCUACAUUAAUAGUUUGAUAGAGAAAGCAGAAAGUAAAGCGAUUGGGAAGAAGAAUUAAGAAUAUUCUAUUUUACGAACUUUCCAGCAAGAGCCGAAUAAAUGCUACUUCAAGAACGCUGUUCACUUGAAGAAGCGCAUUCACGAUCUAUCUUUUAAUAACGUCUCUCUGGCUGCCUAAGAAAGAAAUAACAGCGAUCCUGAUUUUUCAUCCGGGACCAGUCCACAAGUCUAGCAAGAUUAUUAUGAAACUAUGAGAAGAGGCAUCUACGAGAGAGGGUGCUUCUAGAUGAAUGUACACUGUACAGUGAACGCGAUAAACAACCUCGGAUACUGGUGACGUACUUAUCAUCAAAAAUAUUAUCGUCCCUUUUCUAA